UGAUAUCGCAUGUUGAUUAGCAGCAAUCAGCAACUGAUUGAGCGAGUGGUCUCAGCAUUUAAUCAGUUCUCGAAGUGUGCGGCAAACGAAACGUUCACGAUGGCGCUGCUGUGGUUGCUGUUUAGCUUGAUGUUCGUCUUGCUGUUGGUUUGGAGCAAACGUGAGCUAAUUUUCCUGGGCAGUAGUUUGGCAGGUCCUUGGGCGAUGCCGUUGCUGGGCAAUGCGCAGAUGGUGGGCAAAUUGAAGCCAGAAUUCAUCUUUCUGGUGUUUACAGAGCUGCGCGAACGCUUUAACGACACCUAUCGCCUUUGGCUGGGGCCACAGCUCUGGGUGUUUCUGCAUACCGCCGAGGAGACACAGCAGGCGCUACACGAUCCCACGCUGCUCAAGGCGGACACAUUUCAACAGCUAUCCCCAUUGAUUGGCAACGGCCUCUUGAUUAGCCAUGGCCGCUAUUGGGCCACACAGCGUCGCCUAAUGACGCCAGCGUUUCAACCGCAGUUAUUGCGCAGCUUUGCGCCAGCUGUGGCCAAGCAUGCCGAUCGUCUGUUGGUGCGACUGAAGCAAACGAAGGGCGUCGCCAUUGAGGUGACCGAUCAUCUGUUUGCUUGCCUGCUGGAUGCCAUAGUGGACACCUCUAUGGGUCAUCAGUUGAAUACUCAAGAGCAGCAGCACCACUCACCCAUUGUGUCGGCGUUUCAUCGCAGCGGCGAACUGCUCUUCAAGCGUAUGAUCAAUCCGAUGUUGGCCUCUGACUUUGUAUUUAAACGCACGGCACUGUGGCGAGAACUGAGCGCGCAGUUAGAUGUGAUACACACGCUGAUGGAGGGGGUCAUAGAGCAGCGAGCCAAGCAACUGAAACAGGAGGAGGAGGAGGAGCAGGAGGACGAAGUGCAGCGUAAACCACGCAUUCUGCUUGAUGCACUGCUUUCGGCACCGCUGAGCAGGCAGCAAAUACGCGACGAGGUCAACACUUUUGUGUUUGCGGGCGUUGACACGACCACUGCGUCCAUGGGUUUUGUGCUGUAUGCGCUGGCCAAGUAUCCUAAUGUGCAGCGGCGUCUGCACGUCGAAGUGGCUAAGUUGCCACCUGGCGGCGCCUUCAAUUUGGAUGCCCUCAAUCAGCUGGUUUAUCUGGACGCUCUCAUCAAGGAGGUACUUCGUCAUUACACCAUUGUGCCCAGCACUGGUCGCCAGACGACCAAAACUACAACAAUUGGCGGUCGUCGCUACUGCGCCGGCGUCACGCUCUGGAUCAAUAUGUAUGGCUUGGCCCAUGAUGCCAGCUAUUUUGCCGCACCCUAUGAGUUCAAUCCAGAUCGUUGGCUGCCUGAUAAGCAACACAAAGAGACGCCACCGCCUCCUUACAGUUACAUACCCUUCUCGGGUGGUCCACACGUGUGCAUUGGACGCAAGUAUUCGCUGCUGCUGAUGAAGCUGCUCACAGUGCGCAUUGUGGACAGCUUCCACUUACAGCUAGCUGAUCCCUUGGAGGAGCCUGUUCUGAUGGCGCAGAUGGUAUUGCGCUUUCGCGAUGGCAUAAACAUCAAAUUUCUGCCUCGCAACGUCGAAGAAUAAAGUGUCGGAGAACCUUAAAUGUAUAAAAUUAUAGUUUACUACAUCAUAUUGUUGGUUUUCAUAUAAAGCUUAAUGUGUUG